GUAUGUACGUAACUCCACCCCCCCAUCCCGACCGGCGUCCUGAACUGAAAGUAAAGUGAAGAAGUUUAACACUCCGAACUCGGCAGAGUAACUGACCUUUUAUACUUCACACGUGUUGAAGGUGAUGUUGUGUCUGAGAGAUGAAGUCCUGCAGGGUUCCUCACCUCCUCCUGCUUUUCCUCAUCCUCACCUUCAUCACAGUUCCUGUAUCAGGUGUCACUACUGUAAAGGUGAAGAUUAAUCAGACUGCUGCUCUGCCCUGUGAGCGGACAUGUUCUGGUGAGGCCACAUGGUCUCUGUCCAGUAAACCAGAUGAUGUAGUAGCUUGGUGUAAUCAGACAUCCUGCUGGUCAGCAGAGGGAUUUAACAUCUCCCAUGAUCAGUAUCUAAAGGGAGAUCUUACCCUCACCAUCACUGCAGCUGAUUACAGUAAGAGGAACAUGUACACGUGUCAUUGUGAUGAAAAAGGCGUUAAUGAUGUGCGUCUCCUCAUCAAGACAUUCACAUCAUCAGUUCAGAUAAAUCCUGGUGAAGAUCUGCAGCUGGAUUUGCACGUAUCAGAUAAAGCAGAGGUGAUCUAUGAAGGUGGAGAUCCACAUGGUGUACAGAUCUGCAGAGUGGAUGGAGGUUCACUACACUGUACAGAUGAAUACACACCGAGAACAUCACUCACUAACACACUCCUUACACUGAGAGGAGUAAAGUCCACUGAUGUGGGAGUUUACAUCGUCAGAGACACGGAGAUUAACGAGAACCUUCAUAUUUACUCAGUUUCAGUGAAAGACAGAUCAGGAGAGUGCUCUACCAGCCUGGGCCAUUGUCCUGAUAGUGGUGUUGGCGCUUCUGGUUGUUGUAUUGUUUGUGGUAAUCCUGAAAACAUUUCACUCCAGACAGAGAGAUAAUGUAAGUAUCAGAGACAUGCAUCAGUGUGACAUCAGAGAUCACAUGACUGUGUGCUGUAACCAGAAUAAGAUCCACAUCACCCUGAUUAGACACCACUCAGUCACUGCAUGGACACUUCCACAGAAGAAAUAUAAUCAUCACCUAUAAUAACUCCUACAAUCUCACAAUGAGAAGUAAAUUCUCUAAAGCUUCUUAAUAAGUAAAGACUAGGGCCUGAAUUCAUCUUUAAUUGUAUUCAUCAGCCUUUGUAAUACAUUUACUGAUCAUUCGCAUGUGUAGCUAGUGAUUAGUAUUUCAUUUUCAACGUAUUUAUAAAUUUCUUCUAUAUUGUACAGAGUCCCAGAAGUGGAGCAAGAGGAAAUGGCAACACUCAGCACUCAAAUGGCCCCAUAAAUAUGACAGACCUUCAGGAGAAGCAAGAAAUCCUGAGACCUGAGGUGAGAACUUAGGUGAAGCAUAAGAAAGGAGUAGCAGAGGGAAGAGACUUGUAACUACAUACAGCAUGAUGCUGGAACAAGGAGAGAUCUACCCUGCUUUAGAUGUCCACACCUACAAUCCACCUCAGGGCUUCAAACUCAUGGAAUUUAAUCUCUCCUUCUCUGGGAUCUGCUUCAGUCCUGGUUCCUCAGCAGUGUGAUGAGCGUCCACCUUCUCUAUGAUCAGAUCCUUGUUCUCAGAAGAACCUUCUCCAGGACCAGAAUCUGUUCAGAAGGCAUUAACGUCACAUGUAUGUCUCUGUACUGUUAUGUUCAGGUGCUCUGUUUGAUGAUAGGAUGUACAGUCAGAAGAACUGCUGAUUUAUAGUGAUACUGUACUGAAAGAGGACGAGUACAGCCAAACCAAGCCAGCAGUAGAAGUAAACGUCCCCACAGCAUCACAGAGACACCAGACUCCUUCACUGUAGGGGUUGAGUUUUCAGGUAUUGAUGUAAUAACUGUUGUGAAGUCACCGAAGCAGACCAGGGGACUCUGAAGCAGUGUUCAGACUGUGGUUGUACUGUAGUCAUUGAGUCCAGUGAACAGGAACAUACUUGAAGGUCUGACAAUACAAAGCCUGGAGGUGAUGCUCUAAAACAAAGCAUUGAAUGGGAGAAUGAUCCACGGAGUCGACCCCUAACUGUUCACACUCCCUGAUCACCGUCUGAUUUGACCACCAUUUGGCGGUGAGAGCUGGGAUAUGUGAAUUAUUAUUCAAAGAGGAAUGUAUGUUACAGUAGAUUUUAGUGACCUCAAAAUGUUUUCCUACACCAUCAAAAGACUCCCCCACUUGUGAAGGACAAGCUGGAGGUCAGCUCAUCUGGCCAGAUCACAGAUUACCACAUAGACCAGUCUGUGGGUUUUUAUUUUUUUAUUGGAUCAGACAUCUGAUCACAUCCUGCACUGAUCCUCAAUGACUUUACUUUUCUGUUUUUGUACAAGAGCUGUGUUUUAACUCGUGACUGAAGUAGACAACAAACUAAUAUGGUGGCUGGAAAAGCUGUUUUUUAUAAGGGCAUGUGCCAAAUACCAUACCUGUAAAUGUCUGCUGCAAAACAGUCUAAAAAAGCUCAUUGAAUCAUGUUUACAGCUAACGAGCUGCUGCUGUCCAGGAAGACACACUCCUGGGGAUGGAACACUCAGGUGAAAAAAAUGGUGAUGCAGUACUAGUGUAAAGUGACCAUCAGUGUCAGGGACCUAAAUCACACAAACACGUUGGAGGAAGAAUUGGAAGUGACUGGAGGAGAUGUGUCAGUAAACACACGAUGCUAAAUUUUCUUUAAAUUACUUUAUUCCUAAUUAUAUCUCUGUAUAUUGUGGACUUUGAAUUUUUUUCUGUAAGGCAUUAUCUGCACUUCAUUUUUACUGUUGGUAUUUUAUGUCUGUUGGUAUUUUAUGUCUGUUGGUAUUUUAUGUCUGUUGGUAUUUUAUGUCUGUUGGUAUUUUAUGUCUGUACAGACUCUGGGUAUCACUAGAAAUUGUAUAUUUUAAUACAGAAUAUGUUUUGAACAAACUGUAGUACUUGACAGAUUUACUCAGAUCAUGUGUGGAUGUGUGUUUAUGAGGGAGUGUGGGAUAUGACACCUAGUAGAUGUCAAUCUAAUAUACUGGACUGUGUGUGACUGGACUGCGUGUGUAUAAGGUGUGUGUGUAUGGAGUGUGUGUAUAUGGACUGUGUGUGUGUGUGUGUGUAAUGUACAAAAAAUGUACAGCUUUUUGGAAUUAAAAUAAAUUCAGGUUCUGUACAAGUCAGAUAAAAUCACAACAAAUACUAAUAACACUGCUGGUACCGGCCCUGACUGACUCACCCGAGUUAAAUGAUCCGAUUCUGCAUAUUAACUCAUGAUUCAUGAGUCCGAGGUCUAAAUUAAUCCCAUUGAUUCAGCUGAUUCUCAGUUGACUCUCGGAUCCGGUUCAUAGACUGAUUCAGCUGAUUCUCACGGAUCCGGUUCAUCGACUGAUUCAGCUGAGACUUUAGCUGGCUGGUUAGUGAAGAUUAGCCACAUGCUAACAUUAGCCUGGAUCUGGAGAGCAAGUGUUUAUGGGAUAUGUAGUUUUUUUUUACACAAUGACCGAACUACAAUCGGCGAAAAUACGAAUUAAAACAUUUAAAACACAGACUUUUGAAACUAGUAUAUAAUCGAGUACAUGUCGCACGUUAUAUUAAAAGUCAGACGCGACUAAAUUGCACGAGCCGAGUCAUAAAAAAACAGUAUUACAGAAAUGAAUGGACGAGUUCACUUCCGGUCUCGGUGUGACGUCACGGUCCCGGAUCUCGGCUCUUAUUAUUAUUAUUCUGUGGUCCAUGAGCAUCCCAACCCGCCGCUGGUCCCAUCGCUCUCCUCCUGCAGCCAUCCAGCAAUAAUAAUAAUAAAUAAUAAAAUAAUUAAGUCUUAAUAAAUCAUAAAUAAUAAUGAUAAUGAAGGUGGAUUUCGAGGAGUGUCUGAAAGACUCGCCCCGUUUCCGGGCUGCUGUAGAAGAUGUAGAGGGGGAUGUUGGAGAGCUGGAGUCCAAACUGGACAAGUUAGUUAAGCUGAGUAUUGGCAUGAUUGACGCCGGUCGAGUUUACAGUCACGCCAACAAACAGUUCAUUAAUGGGAUCCGAGAUUUAGCACUGCAGUCCAGCAGAGACGACGUCAUCGGGUCCAGUUUAGCUGCUUUUGCGGAGACGCUGCAGGAGAUGAACAACUACCACACAAUCUUAUUUGACCAGGCCCAGCGGUCUGUCCGGUCUCAGCUGCAGACCUUUGUGAAAGAGGAUCUGAGGAAGUUUAAAGAGGUGAAGAAACAGUACGAUAAAGCCAGUGAGGAGAAGGAAGUGGCCUUGGUGAAAAACGCUCAGGUUCCCCGGAACAAGCCGCACGAGGUGGACGAGGCCUCCAACGCCCUCACCACCACCCGGAAGUGCUUCCGCCACAUUGCCCUCGACUACGUCCUGCAGAUCAACGUCCUUCAGUCCAAGAAAAGGCUGGAGAUUCUCAAAUCGAUGCUGUCCUUCAUGAACUCCAACCUCAGCUUCUUCCAGCAGGGAUACACACUGUUCAGUGAUCUACAGCCACUGAUGAAGCAGCUCGGGGGACAGCUGGAUCAGCUUGUUGUCGACUCAGCAAAGGAGAAAAGAGACAUGGAGCAGAAACACUCAGCUAUCCAGCAGCAGGCUGCACUACAGGACCUGUCCUCUGAGGACUGUGGGCUGCAGGUCAGUGUGGACUGUGAGGAUGGAGUAAUGAUGGAGGGAUAUCUCUUCAAACGAGCCAGUAACGCUUUCAAAACCUGGAACAGGCGUUGGUUCUCCAUUCAGCACAAUCAGCUCGUCUACCAGAAGAGAUUCAGGGAUAACCCCACUGUAGUGGUUGAAGAUCUCCGACUCUGUACAGUUAAACAGUGUGAGGAUGUGGAGCGACGUUUCUGCUUCGAGGUCGUCUCUCCAAACAAGAGCUGUAUGCUGCAGGCUGACUCAGAGAAACUGCGACAGUUCUGGACCAAAGCUGUACAGAACAGCAUUGCUACAGCUUACAGAGAGAACGGAGAGGAGCCUGUGGCUAGACUGCAGCGUGAGUCCUCGGCGUCUCUGGGCAGUCUGGACUCUCUGGGGGAGUGUCGUCCGGUCCGCACUGACAGUCCACUACACCGUCUGCUGUCAAUCAGAGGGAACCAGAACUGCUGUGACUGUGGGGAGGCGGAGCCUCGGUGGGCCAGCAUCAACCUGGGCAUCACACUCUGCAUCGCCUGCUCCGGGAUCCACAGGAGUUUAGGAGUUCAUAACUCCAAGGUGAGAUCACUGACACUGGACUCGUGGGAACCAGAGCUCCUGAAGCUGAUGUGUGAGCUGGGUAAUGAGCUGAUUAAUCAGAUCUACGAGGCUCGCAGAGGAGACAUGGGGUGGAAGAAACCGCAGCCUGGAGACCCCAGGCAGGACAUGGAGGCGUACAUCCGGGCCAAGUACGUGGAAAGGAGGUUUGUGCGAAAGCAAGACUCUCAGGAGCAAAGGUCAAAGGUCAUGAUGCUGAGUAAACAUGACAAGCAUCUGAAAGGAAGCAUGGAGUUCCUGCCCCCCCGGCCGCCCCCUCCCACCCCUAAAAUCCGCCCCGCCUCCAACACCUCAGCAGCACCUCUGAUUGGUCAGGAGGCUCGACGGGACUCACUCUUCUGCCCCGAUGAGCUCGAUUCUCUCUUUUCCUACUUUGACACGUCGUCGAAGCUGCGGAGCCUGAAGAGUGCAGACAGUGGCAUUCACACCAGUGCUGAUGGUAGCAGAGAGAUGCUCAACUCGUCCUCCAACACCAGCCUGAGUGAAGCGGAUCUGCAGCAGACCGAACCUCCGCGUGAGGCCCCGCCCACUCUCCCCCGGGUGACCGAGUGCUCACCCAACCUGCUGCUGUACUGGGCCUCGUGUGCCUCCAGUUUAGCCGACAUGGUGGAGGCGCUGGCGCUCGGCGCCGAGGUGAACUGGGCGAACACCGAGGAUCAGAGCCGUACCCCAUUGAUGCAGGCCGUACAGGGGGGUUCUUUACUCCCUUGUGAGUUCCUGCUGCAGAACUCAGCUAAUGUAGAUCAGCAGGAUGCUCGAGGAAGAGGAGCACUGCACCAUGCUGCCAUGCUGGGACACACUGGACAGGUUUGUUUGUUCCUGAAGCGUGGAGCUUGUCAGAGCGUCUCGGACAUGGACGGCAGGAGUCCGCUCUCCAUCGCCAUGGAUACCACCAAUGCUGACAUCGUCACCCUGCUGCGCAUGGCCAAGGUGAACGAGGAGAUGAGGGAGUCACUGGAUCAGCCGGCUCAGUACUUUCAGUCUCACAGUCACUCAGAGCAGUACAGGAAGUGCAUCCAGGAGUUCAUCGCCCAACAUCUGGACGAGUGUUAGCACACAACUAUACACUGUACAUGAUAACCAACACAUCUGGACAGGUUCUACCACAUGACCAAACACCACUGAUGAUAACCAACACAUCUGGACAGGUUCUACCACAUGAUCAAACACCACAGAUAAUCACCAACACAGCUGGACAGGCUCUACCACAUGACCAAACACCACAGAUAAUCACCAACACAGCUGGACAGGCUCUACCACAUGACCAAACACCACAGAUAAUCACCAACACAGCUGGACAGGUUCUACCACAUGACCAAACACCACAGAUAAUCACCAACACAGCUGGACAGGUUCUACCACAUGACCAAACACCACAGAUAAUCACCAAAACAGCUGGACAGGCUCUACCACAUGACCAAACACCACAGAUAAUCACCAACACAGCUGGACAGGUUCUACCACAUGAUUUAACACCACAGAUAAUCACCAACACAGCUGGACAGGUUCUACCACAUGACCAAACACCACAGAUAAUCACCAAAACAGCUGGACAGGCUCUACCACAUGACCAAACACCACAGAUGUUCAACACACCUGGACAAGUGCUUCAGAUAACAACCGACACAGCUGGAUAGGUGCUACCACAUGAUCAAACACCACAGAUGAUGACCAACACAGCUGGACGGGUGCUACCACAUGACUAAAGCCUCAUAUAAUCACUAACACACCUCAGUUUAACACCACAGCAGGAUCUUAAAGACCUCAGUAUUACAACGUGUAGCAGUCUAUAGGACAGUUUGUGUGUGUGUGUGUGUGUGUGUGUAUGUGUGCUGUAAUUUUUACAUUAUCCUGUUUGUGUGUGUGUGUGUGUGUGUGCUGUAAUUUUUACAUUAUCCUGUUUGUGUGUGUGUGUGUGUGUGUGUGUGUGCUGUAAUUUUUACAUUAUCCUGUUGGUGUGUGUGUGUGUGUGUGUGUGUGUGUGCUGUAAUUUUUACAUUAUCCUGUUGGUGUGUGUGUGUGUGUGUGUGUGUGCGUGCGCUGUAAUUUUUACAUUAUCCUGUUUGUGUGUGUGUGUGUGUGUGUGCUGUAAUUUUUACAUUAUCCUGUUUGUGUGUGUGUGUGUGUGUGUGCUGUAAUUUUUACAUUAUCCUGUUGGUGUGUGUGUGUGUGUGUGUGUGUGUGUGCUGUAAUUUUUACAUUAUCCUGUUUGUGUGUGUGUGUGUGUGUGUGUGCUGUAAUUUUUACAUUAUCCUGUUGGUGUGUGUGUGUGUGUGUGUGUGUGUGUGCUGUAAUUUUUACAUUAUCCUGUUGGUGUGUGUGUGUGUGUGUGUGUGCGCGCGCUGUAAUUUUUACAUUAUCCUGUUUGUGUGUGUGUGUGUGUGUGUGCUGUAAUUUUUACAUUAUCCUGUUUGUGUGUGUGUGUGUGUGUGUGCUGUAAUUUUUACAUUAUCCUGUUGGUGUGUGUGUGUGUGUGUGCGCGCGCUGUAAUUUUUACAUUAUCCUGUUGGUGUGUGUGUGUGUGUGUGUGUGUGUGUGUGUGCUGUAAUUUUUACAUUAUCCUGUUGGUGUGUGUGUGUGUGUGUGCGCGCGCUGUAAUUUUUACAUUAUCCUGUUGGUGUGUGUGUGUGUGUGUGUGUUUACGACACUGCACCACUGCCACACCUCUGCAUCUGAUGUUGAUAUAAAAGUUAGCAUUAAUUUGACAGUGGACUGUCCCCUGCGAUGUGACGUAGGUGUAUUACAGAAUAUUUUACUUUGUCCAGAUCUCUGUCCAGCUGUAGUGCACUCGUUCUGAACGGCUAAAACACACUUCUGUUUUUAAUGUACACUCAUUCACUCUCCCCACCUUCACUCCUCCUGGGCUAAUCAGGUGGUCGUCAUGACGGGAUCGGUCACACCAGAUGUCCCUGUGGUGUCAGUACAAAUUAGGAGCGAACUGGCCACAGGGGGGCGCUGGUAUGGUCUGUACAGAUGUUUUAUUUUUCAGUAUUGCUCUUCAGUGGUGUUCAUGUACACACAGUAUCUUUUCCUGAGGUGCUUUUCAGGCUCCGCCCACAAAUAUAACACGCACAGUAUGCAUCCACAUGGAAACUGCCGUUUUGGUCACCGGACAUUUAUUUUUUUAGUGGAGAAAUUGUACGAUUCUGGACGGGUAAUCAGCGUAGGUUUUGAGGAACGUCCCAGUGUGAGCCUGAAUGUCUUAUUUUCACACUAAUCUUAGCAUCACUCUCCAGAUGUUUUAUUAUUGUCUCCUGUGCUGUCUUUAUAUGGAGAGAAUGGGAAAAGUGAGAAAAUGCUCUUUAUGUGGAUGCAACUUUUUUUUUAAAAAUAGACGAGUAAAAAAUCUUUUCAGAAAUAUCCAUAUACAUGUGGGCGGGGCUUCAGACUGCAGGCGAUCAAUUCAGUGAUUUCUCUUGUCUCCACCCACCAUGUCACACUUUUAUACAGAAAUGCCACAGAUUACAGAUUUAUUUAAAGCGAAAGACAGAAGCAGACGUGUGACGUUGCUCAUUUGGUGUACACAUUAUCCUUAAAGGUGCUUUAUGAGACCAAACACACAACCUUCACAACACACACUGUUUAUAAACACACACACACACACAGGUUUCUCGCCAGCUUGUGUGUGUUUUAUAAUAUCAGGAUUAUGAACCUGGUUUUCUAGAUCCUGUAAUUGUCCUGACCUUUUAUUACUAUGUUUAUAAACUGCAGGAAGACACAGGAUUCUUCAGAAUUAAAGAGCUCUGUCCUCGUGGCUCAUACGCUUUACCUCAGUGGAACAAUCCGAAAGGUUAUUUUAAAGCCAUUAGCUCUGUUCUGGUGUUGAGUAUCAUGAUGUAUUGUAGAACUGAUUAUUAGCACAUCCUUAAUUAUUAACUAAUAAGUCUUCCUUAAUUAUUGUUGCCUUUGACUCUAACAAACACACUGUGUACACACACACACACACACAGACUGUGGACAUGCAAUAUCUCUUAUAUAUACACAAUUUUGUCUAAGGUCUGACUUCAAUUCUAGUAAUGUGGUUGAAGGGUGUGGCACUGACUCCAGCUCAAUGUUGAUUGGUCAGCUGGUUGAUGAGGGUGUGAUGUAAUGUGCAACUACAUGGAGCUGGAUGCUGAUUGGUCAGCUGGUUGAUGAGGGUGUGAUGUAAUGUGUUAUAUGUAAUGAAGUCUUUUCUAAUCCUGUAAAUAAUCAGAAUCCUGCAGAGUGUAAAGGAAAUUGUGUUUCAGACGAUUCUGUAGAUAAUCUUCUAUACACUGCAUGACAUUUUACAUCACAUACUGUGUGUUACACACUGAAGGCCUGAAACACACUCCUCUCUCUCUCUCACCCACACAGAGAGAAACACUGUCCUAAAAAAAAUUUAAUUUUUAUUUAUCAUCCUCUUUUCUUUUAUAUAAUUCACUCUUUCUUUCUUCCUUCCUUCCUUCGCCUGUAGACAAGUCAUUAAAUUAAAUUUUAUUAAAUGUUAUCUUUUGUUUUUAGAUGUUUUAUUCCUCCAACACUUCCCUUCAUCAUGAGCUAAAUGUUUUAUUUCAGAAGCACUCACAUCUCGUCAAUAAUUUCAUCAUUAAGGUUGAGGUGACAGAUGAACCCCCAGCGCCCCCUGCAGGAUGGUGGUUUAUCUGCUCCAGGACAGGGAGGUGUUGAUGUUGAAUUUCUCCUGGUUGUUGGGGUGUGUUUCAGGCCUGAGUGUGAUUUGCUGUAUAUAAUCACUCCUGAGUGCUGAUAAAGCCCGAGUUCUGAAAACUCGGGGUGUGAUAUAUUAACUCCUGAAGGCACAUCUCUGUAUACCUGUUUUUAUAUAUAUAUAUAUAUAUGUCAUUAGUUUAAAAUGUUUCAUUGCAAGCAGAAGAAUAAAUGUAGAGGAAGAAAUGUAGAGAUGUAAAUUAUAGCCUGUUGUUUAUGUUACUGAAUGUAUAUGAAUGUAUACAGGAAGCUUUACAGCUUCAAUAUCCCAUGAUGCACCAGAGCUCUGUACAUCUCACUGUAAUAACAGCUAAUGUAAAUACUGUGACUGUAUUACUGUCUACUACACCGCAGGGGGGAGGGGGGUCAGCCCCGCCCCAUGUUCUCUAAUACACGUCAGACUCCACCCCUAAUGCUAACACCCACCCCUUCUCAGACUGGAACAAGAGUUUAGGAUUUCAGUUUCCUGAUGUUACACAUGAAUGUGUUGAAGAACAUAAAGUGUAUAAUCUUUUGGAUCAGACCACAUAAUUAGGUAAGCAAAAGUAUUGGAACAGAAAAGUCUUGGACCCAAGCCAUGACACCACCUCCACCAUGUUCCUCAGAGGAGCUCAUGUGUUUUAGAUCAUGAGCAGAUCCUUUCUUUCUCCACACGUUGGUCUUUCCAUCAUCACUCUGAUAGAGGUUCAUCUCAGUUCCAGAACUUUUUUGUGAAUUCCAAUCUGGAGUUCUGAUCCAAAUGGUCAAAAACUAUAAUAUAAAUUCCAGGAAAUUAAAGCUGAAAUUUUAAAAUCUGGUCUCAUAUUCAUCUUUUGAUCUCAGACCCAGAUGUCUUCAGUCUACAGCUAAACAAAAAUAUGAACUUGACAUUUUAGGUCACCAGGACCCACAACCCUCCAAGUGCAACCACUUUAGGAUUCUUAAUUUUCCAAGCAGAACCUCGAAGAACCAUCUGAGGAACCUUUAAGAUUCCCCUUUUCUUUUAUUAUUUUUUGGAACCAUUAGGGUUAGUUCACUUAGAGAUAGUUUGGGGGUGGACCCUUAUUUUGGGUGAAGUUCUAGACCCUAAACCCAGCUUUUAGUGUUUGGGGGUGAAGUGUAUAUUGAUGCUGCAUUUCACUGUUUAUAUAAAAAUCUGAACUGUUCUCUCCAUGUUAGAGUAUUCCAUUUUAUUUGUGUUAUUUAAUCACAUUAAUGUUAUUUCCUGUAUUUAACUGUGUAUAUGUUGGAAAGAAGAAUGGACCCUGAAGAACCUGUUACAUCUCAGAAGGUUCUGGAUGAUUAUUUAGUAUUUAUUCAUGUUUAUAAGAAGCUGGAGUCGAGUAGUGUUGUAUUAACGGGAUCUCAGCUGCUGUGGUGUUCUACUAAUCCUCCACACUGCAUGUGUAAGGGCUGACGCUCUGACCCGGAGUGAAGUUACCGGGCCUGAGCCGAGCUGUGGUGCCACUGACACUGACCCGGAGUGAAGUUACUGGGCCGAGCUGUGGUGUCACUGACCGCUCUGACCCGGAGUGAAGUUACCGGGCCUGAGCCGAGCUGUGGUGCCACUGACACUGACCUGGAGUGAAGUUACUGGGCCAAGCUGUGGUGUCACUGACCGCUCUGACCCGGAGUGAAGUUACUGGGCUCAGCUGUGGUGUCACUGACCGCUCUGACCCGGAGUGAAAUUACUGGGCUCAGCUGUGGUGUCACUGACCGCUCUGACCCGGAGUGAAGUUACUGGGCUCAGCUGUGGUGUCACUGUGACAGAGGAUCCUGAAGACUUCUCCGGGUUCUGAUCCAGCUGAAACUCCACAACCUGUGCCUUUUUUAUUAUUUCUCCUGUGUUUUUUUUACAAUCUGCACUUUAAUAAA